AUGGAAAAUGUGGGAUCAACUGAUACAGCAUCAAUAGGAAAUACAACAUUGCGUCUAUUAGAACCGCCACGAUCGCUGUGGGAAUCAUCAUCUGGAGGUCAACUGUCGUGUUACGGUAGCUUGACCGCGUCAACCUCAUCAGUUUGCGCCCCAAACAUUCAACGACAUAAAUUAUCCAAUACACCUGCCUAUGAGAAACUACCGAAAUCAGAUAGUGCUAUUUCUAUGGAAGCACCAAAAUUUCACUAUGAUAUGGAUUUUGAUUUACGGGCACUGAAAGAGGCUUUAAAAUCAGCCGAAUUUUUGGAAGAAUCCGGUUAUCAAUCCGUUUUAGAACGUUCACAGCAUAAUCAAUAUGGUACUGGAUGGAUUAUUCAUCAAGAUAUCAGCGAAGUAAACAGUGAUACUGAUGAUGAUAAUUGGGAUGGUUUUAUGGACGUUGGCAAUAAACGGAUUAAAAUUAAGGAAAUCUCAGAUAUUUUAGCAUCGAGAUUUGCUUUUAUUACCGGAUGCAUUUGCGAGUUAUCAGACUAUGCUACAAAAAAGGUUGAACGUAGAUUUGGUUGGGAUUGUCAUGGGCUGUCAGCUGAGAUGGGAGCAGAAAAGGAACUUGGAAUAUCUGACAGAAAUGAGACGAAAAAUUUGGCAUUGAAAAAUUCAAUAACUAUCGCCGUACUUCUGUGA